UGACAGCCUACACUCGACACUUCGACAGUGACAAGUGAUAAACUGACUGAGCGCGGAAAUGUGCGCUCCAUGUGGAAAACGAUAAUUUGUUAUUAAACUGUUUAGUUGCAUCAAAAUGACUGAAGAAACCGAUUCCAAUACAGUACAAAAAGAAAACAAAGUGUCUGCGUCUGUUUUAGACGCGUUCGAUCUACUUAAGGCUCCGAAAGAUGAUGCUAAACUCAACGGGGGGAGUAAAAUCAUAUCGCAGUUGCACGGCAGUGAGAAUGAAAAGGAUCUACAAUAUGUCCUCAAGCGGCUUGUGCGAAGUCUUGGUGCCAAUGUACCCAACAUGAGGACAGGAUACUUUGCCACUCUUGUUGCUUUGCUGUCAAACUUUGAGGGCAUCACUAUUCCACAAUUAUUGGAACUUGUCAAGAAGGAACUUCAUAGCAAUGGCUCAUCCAAAAGUGAAGUUGGUGAUGUAGCUUUAGGUCAAAUUUUGGUUUGUGGUGCCAUUUUCCGAUCGAAACUUAUCUUAAAGUGCAGCAGUGAAGAGCAGGGUGAAGUGAUACAGUUGCUAAUGGCUGCUGGCAAGAAGAAGUCAUAUUUGAGCACUGUAGCUUACCUCAUACUACUUGAUUUUCUAAAAGGAGUUGAUAUUGAGCAAUUUGCUUCAGUCUAUUGGCCACUUAUAAAACAAGACUUUAAAAAAGAUUUAAAAGAGCACACCCUUGAUUCUCUUUACUUUCUCAUGGUGAUUAAUACAAAGUUUCCUGCUAAAGUUAAACUGAGAAAAUUAAUAGGAUCCACUGAUGUGCUGAGUGAAGACAACAUACACACUGUUUGUGAAAAAAUGAUGACGGGCAUUGAUUUCAACUCAAUAGGUCAUCCUAUCUACAAGGAGGUAGCUACAAACAUAGCAAACUCGCCUCAUUUACAACUAUUCUGGACGUCAGGCAUUGACAGCCAGCUUGUAAAGCACAACAGAAAUCGAGAGUUAGUGGCAAUCAACAUACUGACCACUGUUCUACACAACAUUAACACUGGUUUAGAAGUCUUACCUGAGUUAGUAAGUAGAAAUUUCUUCAAACUGUUUAUGGAUUGGUUUAAAGGGCUACAAACAGCAAGUAAGAUCAGAAGCAAAAGAGACAAUGAAGAUGAUAAUAAAAUCAUGAUCAAGAAACAAAAAGAACUACUUAAUGCUUUAGCAAAAGCAUUGAAAUCAGACCAAGUGGAGGAUUCCAUAAGAGUAGAGAUUCUGCAAAAAUUGCUUUUUAAUCCAGGAGAAAUGAAUUUCGCUGAAAUCACUGGGACUACUGUCGUCAAAUCAAUCAUUUCUGACUUGAAAAAAGAUGGUGUAAAAAAAAUGGCAAAGUUAUUCAAAGGUGUCCUUUUGAACACAUCCAAGAAAUUCCUUAAAGAAAAUGUUGAAAGGAAUUGGUACAAUAAUGAAAGAGUGAAAGCAGCUGAGCUCUUAUCUUAUUUGGUGAGCCAUGAGGCAAUAAAAGAUGACACAGAAUUUAAACUGACUUACAUGAAGCUACUCAUGUGCUUUGGUUUUUUCAAAAUUGGGGGAGAUGAUAAUGUGGCAGUAAGCAGUGAGCUCUCAGGAGCCAUAAAGUCAUGUUUCUAUCGCUGCUUCACAUCCCGCUUCUCCAAUGUUGACAACUUAGUCACAGUUUUAUCAUCCCUCAGCAGUUUCAUCUGUAAUAUUCUACAAAAGGAACAAGUUCGGGCAAAAAUCGAAAAACAAUUCCCUAAAGAGAACAUGGAAUGCUGGGAAAUGCUUCAGGAAGUCUGUGGAAAGAUAGAAGAAAACAACACCAAAACUAAAGUUGAUAAAGUCUUUCUCAUCUUACUCUAUCAACUUGGACUUUUCCUAUUCUCUGAACCUGUCCAUGUUAAAAUUGCUAGAAGUUCAAUAAAGGAGUUGAAGAGUUGCUACGAGCAUUACAAGAAAGGUAAGAAAAAACAGUCCAAGGCCAAAAAAGAAGAUUUAUCAGCCGACCCAGAAUGGAUUGAAGUCUUAGUUGAAGUUCUGUUAUCUAUAUUGUCAGCUGAAUCCAGUGUACUUAGAUCUGUAGUGCAAUGCGUUUUUAGACUACUCUGGGAAUAUUUAACUCCAUCAGCAGUAGGUCAGAUAGUAUCAGUAUUGGAUCCUGAAAAUGAAUCUAAUCCACUAACACAAGAGGAUUCCGAGUCGGAAAAUGAGGAUGAAGACAAUCCUGUGCAAGAGAAUGGCAAGGAGAGUGACGAAGAGAGUGAAGAGGAAGAAGAAGAAUCGGAGAGUGACGGUGAUGAUGAGGCAGACGAUGACGAUGAGGAAGAGAUGAGAACACCAGAACAAUUAAGAAUAGCAGUUCAGAAAGCCUUAGGUUCCGCAGCCUUAGAAUCGGACGCUGAAAGUGUUGAUGCUGACAUGAUAGAUGAGGAAGAGGGUAAAAAGCUAGACGAAGCUCUGGCCGAAGCAUUUAAACAAUUUCACCAAAGUAAAGGUAAAAAAUCCAAGAAAGAUCGAAAAGAUAAAAAGUCUCUUUCUGAUUUCAGAAUCAGAGUACUUGAUCUUGUUGACAUCUACUUGGAAAAAGAUCCCUCAAUGGAUAUUUGUCUGGGAAUGAUUGCACCUCUUACAAGGUGUCUUGAAUUUUGUAUUCAAGACAGUCAGUUUAGCGAAUUAGAAAACAGAGUCAGAAAAACUAUAAAAAAUCUGACCAAAAUAAGAAAGUUUUCAUCUGUUGAUGACAUUGAUAUGAAUAUUUUAUGUGACCAUUUAAAGUCAGUCAUAGAAAAAGAUGCAAGGUCGCACUUUUUGUUUCAAGCUCUUGGCGACGUUAUAACAUUUUUUGCAACUUUCAUAAUUCAUUGUUCCGAAAAGAUUGAUACAAAGAAGUCCAAGGUGACAAAAUCCAAAGCAGCAUCGCCAUUGACUGACAUUUUCAAGGAAUCCUUACAGAACUACUUCCAGAAUCGAAACUGCAUGCUUCCAAUCAUAUUCUUUCAUAACGUCUUGCAGACAGACUGGGAUGGCAGUUAUGCUCUAGUGCCCACUAUUAUACAAAAUGUUUUCAACAAAAAUGUUAGACUGUUUCGUCGUAAUGAGGGACUCGAACUUUUGUCAGGCUUUUAUCGUUCUUUAAAAAGAAGUAAACCAACUUCAGACAAACUUAUAAAACAGUUGAUAAGCUUAGAAACAGAAUUUGAAACCACCCUGGUUGAUACUUUGAAAAAUGAUUCUGAGUUUUCAGUGAAGAAUAAUUUCUUCAUUAUAUUAAGGAAAUUGAUAAACAUAAUGCAAGGUUUUCAUGAAAGUUGUCAAGUGGAAACUAAAUUAAAUUUUAAGAGUUUACUGGAGGUAGUUGGGUCCUGUAAAGCUACAGUGAAAACAGUUAACAACAAACAAAUACAAGACACUCAAGCAGUUAAAAAAACUAAACCCAAAAAGAACAAAAAGAAACGAAAAUUUGAACAGAUGAAUGGAAAUGCCGAACCACAACAAAAGAAAAUUAAAAAAUCCAGUGAAAGUGAAUAAUGUAUAUAAGUUUAAAUUUGAUUACAAAAAAAAUCGAAUUAAUGAAGUCGUUUUAUU